AUGGGAUACUCGGAAGUGAAAUGCCAGAUAUGUGGCGUGAGCUUCAAUGUUAGCCGCUAUCCCACGAAGGAGGAGGUUUUCGCUGGCGUCCCCUGGCGACCGUGGCUGGAGGGGGCGACGCAUGAUUACAGGCACAAGUACGAGUGUAAAGUUGGAGGAUGCCAAGUGAUCAAUACCUGGCAGGCGGAAUUGGAGUUUUCUGAUGACGGCAGACAAGACGAUGAUGACCACCCCGAUCGGGGCAGUGACCGACUUCAUGAUGGUGAUGAGGGCUAUUGUCAACCCGAGACCGGCUCCGUUGAGGAGAAGUAUGAGUACGAUACGCCAAACGAGAGUGAGGAAGAAGCCUCCAUCGGAUCGUCCGAGGCCGCAAAUGACAUGAUGGAUGCUGCUGAUCCCGAACCAGCUGGUGACUUACUCUACCCUGCAAUUCUCGAGUCCUUGCCCGCCACGAGGCCGGAUUUUCGCUAUUUUUGGACCAAACACAUGAGAUACAUCUAUGAGAAUGUUUCCUCGGAAGAUGAUAGGCUUUGGAUGGAUUAUCAGCAUGUAAGCGGCCCUGGCUGCCGCAACACAGGUGGAUAUAACGGCUGCUUGCUAUCCGCUGAGGAAGCCCGUGGAUGCUCCACGCUUCAAUGCCUUGUACCAAAAUCUCCCUCAACUACUUUCCUACCGGAGAGGAUUGACGAGAAAUUUGAGACAACAAGCGGUUUCUUCCUGAGUGGGCUUUGUGACAGGGUGCCCGGCGUGGAUGACCAAUGGCCCGCCGCGUACCCUCCUCGACAUAACACUGACAGACCAAAGGCCGCCAACUUCCUACUUUUUGCUGAGGCGGUCCCGGAAUUAGCGAUGCCUUUUCAUCCAACCUGUUUGGAAAUUUUCAAGCGUGCAUGUCUUCAUCGGUAUGGGGAGGUCAGCAUUCAGGCGUUGACGGACUGGUUCUCCCUCGAUGCAACCCUUGAUGUGAUGCAUCGCGAGUUCCCGAGAGACAAGGCAGUACGAAAGGGUAGUUCACAGUACUGGGACCACUGGCCAGGCGAUGAAUUUUUGGCCGCUAAUCCGUGUUUCGUUCCCUCCUUGGAAUCAUAUUUGGGCAAAGCGAUGGCAAGGGGAUCGGCCAUCACCAAUCCCCAUGAGGCCGCCGUUCCCAUUGGAGAUUGUAGCAGUACCUCGGAUGGAGAUGAUUGCUUCUCCAGGCUUCCAUUCGAGAUCCGUCUAGAGCUCUUAAUUCACUUGGGGCCCGAUGAUCUCGCGAAGCUUCGACUUUCAUCUAAAGCUUUCAGAACUCUGCCUCAAUAUUUCUUCCGAAAACUGCUUCAACAUAACUAUCCUUGGGUUUAUGAAGCCUGGUGUACACAUCCAUACUCAUUUUGGGCUACCAAGGAGGCCCGGGAUGUGAGGGAAAUAGAUGAAGGCUGGCGGCACCAGCGAGAAUUCCUGGAGACAAGGAUUCAAAUUUUGAAAGAGGAGGCACUACAAGACUCGAACAAUGAGGACGCGAUUGCGGCGAUAAGAGAACAUCUCCAACAAAAAGAAGCCGAGUAUGAAAAUAUCUUCCAGUCCCAACCAGCAACCCACCUCCCCGUCUCCAACACGGAUUGGUACCGUCUCUUUUGCGAUAUAACCAAGAACCGACAACGAAUCAAUGGUCUAAGAAAUCGUGAACGAAUCUGGAAGGACUGCAAUUGGAUUCUCGACCGGGUGGAAGGUUACCGUGCUGCUGGGAGACUCGGGCCUGAAAUGACGGACACUGAGCGACGAAUGCAGACGAUGGAAAAUCACGGUCGUCGUCAUCAGCUAAGACGGGAGGCUUUGGAUCCAGAAUAA